AUGGCUACGGGUGACUCAUCUCGGUCGCAAGUCACACCAUACUUGAUUUACCUCGUGUUUAUCGUCACGUUGGGCCCUCUUCAGUUUGGCUAUCAUCUGGCUGAGCUCAAUGCCCCGCAAGCAGUCGUGACGUGCGAGAAGAAAAGUAUCCAUGGCUCCAGCGCUGGCCUGAAUGGCCUACCGCAAUGCAUUCCCAUGAAUCCCUCGCAGUUCGGCUUGGUCUCGUCAAUCUACACCCUCGGUGGUCUACUAGGAGCCCUGCUGGCAGGGCCAGUAUCGACCAAGUACGGACGCCGAAUUGCGUUGCUCACGACGACCGUCUUCUUUGUGCUAGGUCCCGUGGCAGAGACCCUCGCACCCGCGAUCCCAAUACUCGCUUUGGGCAGAUUCCUUUCCGGCAUCGGGUCUGGUGCAGCGAUCGUGGUUGGUCCUAUUUACGUGUCUGAGAUAGCGCUGCCAGAGUCUCGAGGUUUCUUCGGCGCUUUCACCCAAGUCAUGACCAAUGUCGGUAUCUUGUUAACCCAAGGUCUCGGAUACUUCUGGAGCCAUGACAGUUUCUGGCGGCUGAUUCUCGGCCUGGCCGGUAUCAUCGGAGCGUUGGAGCUUCUAGGUCUAGUUAUGGUCCCGGAAAGUCCGACUUGGCUCGCUGAGCACCACUCCGUGAGCCAGGCUCGCCGGGUCUUGCAGCGUAUCCGCGGCAAGGAUGCCGAUAUUGAGGCCGAGACCCAGACCUGGAGAACUUCGGGGGCCCCUGAAGAGGAGUCUCUGCUGGCUCCCGCGGCCGGCGAUCUACCCUCCAAACAAGAGCCCGUGACUAUCAUGCAGGCCAUUCGUGAUCCUUUCUACCGGCCAGCCAUCAUCGCCGUCGUGGGGGUCAUGAUUGCCCAGCAAUUGACCGGUAUCAACAGCAUUAUCAUGUACAGCGUCUCCUUGCUACAGACCAUUCUACCUACGACCGCAGCGCUUCUGACUGUGUUAAUAUCAGCCAUUAAUCUCGUCAUGACGCUGGCAUGCUCCCCAUUACCCGACCGCAUUGGUCGGAAGACCUGUCUACUUCUGAGUAUCGGCGGCAUGGGCACUAGCUCGAUUCUAUUGGCACUGGGGAUCUACUUUAAUCAGAAGAUCGCAUCCGCGAUCGCCGCCCUGUUGUUUGUGGCCUGCUUUGCGGUUGGUCUGGGCCCGGUACCUUUCAUCUUGGCCUCGGAGCUCGUAGGUCCCGAAGCGGUUGGCGCGGCGCAAAGUUGGGCGCUGGCGGCCAACUGGACCGCGACCUUUGUGGUCGCGCAGUUCUUCCCCGUGCUGAAUGAUGCGCUCGGGGGCCGCGGAAAGGUAUAUUGGGUCUUUGCAGCGAUGGCGGGGCUCCUGGGGACAUUUAUUUACCGCUGGGUUCCGGAGACCAAGGGCAAGGCGAAUGCUGAUGAGGUUUGGGGUCGGGUUGACCGACGACAGGAUUAA